AUGAUAAAAGAUUCCGAACGGCCGGGUGAUACGCUGGUGACUGGUUGUCGUCGGGUGCAACGGUGGGCCACCGGCGGCGUGUCAGCCGGUGCAACGUGCGCUACCCGGCGUUAUCGCAUGUUGCGUGUGGCGGCAACACACGACGAUGACAGUUAUCCAGCAGCACAAAAGUUCUCCUACCUUAGGUCUACCCUGAGUGGACAAGCACUUGAUGUUAUUAAGGGAAUACCGAUAACUGAAAAUAACUAUGAAAUGGCAGUCAAAAGGUUACAACAGCGUUAUGACAACAAGAGCCUAGUAAUACAGUCCCACAUCCGUGCAAUUUUAGACUGCAACAAAAUAGAAUCAACUUCAGGAGUGAAUCUACAGGCUUUACAUUCCAACGUCUCAGCACAUGUAGCUGCACUUGAAGCAUUGGGGCAACCUAUUCAGCAUUGGGAUGCGUGGCUCGUGACUAUUGUCCUGAGAAAAUUAGAUCAAAAAACGAGUCAAGAUUGGCAGCUUCGGCGCACGAAUACGAAUCUGCCAAGGUAUGCAGAAUUAGAAAACUUCCUGUCCAACCGGUGUGUUGCCUUGGAAGGUUCCGAAAUAUUAGCUAAGGACUUCGAUGCAUAUAAAAAUAGCCAGUCAUCAACUUCACCACAGUCGAAAAAGUCCUACCACCACAACAGCGCAAGAAAGGGUCUUUUUACGUCUACUGAUAGACGAGUAAAGUGUGCAUGUUGCUCUGGAGAGCACAAAUUAUAUACAUGCAAUAGGUUCAAGGACCUACCCAUAGGGGAACGUGUGACAUUGGUAAGGGACUCAAGAUUAUGUUUUAAUUGUUUAUGUUCAAGCCAUAUGGCAAAUGUGUGUUCGUCCACAUUUAAUUGCCGUAUAUGCAAACGUAGGCAUAACACGUUAUUGCAUUUUGAGAAAUCAACGGACCCAACGCAAAGGGUUGAGAUUCAGGCACCACAGGUAGGUGCCAAUAGCCAAAACGUUGGGUCGCAAGAACCAAACAUUUCAGCAGCUGCUUCGUUAUUAGCUGGAUCGGAACAAGGGUAUGUGUUUUUAUCUACUGCGAUCAUAUUAACUGUGGACAGGCUUGGGAAACAGAAACAAUGCAGGGCAGUGUUGGAUAGCGGAUCCCAGGUCAAUUUUAUUUCUGGAAAUUUAGCAAAUAGAUUGCAAUUACGUUCCCAGAGGGCUGCAUUACCGGUAAGCGGUAUUGGGGAAAGUCGUGUCAAAGCGUUAUCGUAUGUAGAGGUUUCAAUUCAGUCGAGACUGCGAGACUAUAGAGCUAAACUAGUUUGCUACGUGCUCCCAACAAUUGUCAGUAACCUACCAUCGUGCCCGACCCCCGCACAAAGUUGGCAGAUUCCAGACGAUCUAGUACUCAAGCUAGCAGACCCAUCCUUCAAUAAUCCUGGGGCCGUGGACCUUUUGAUCGGCGGAGGAGUAUUUUUUGACGUGACUUCGACAUGCACAGAACGAAUCCCACUUAAUGUGAAAAAUAUAUUUUUAAACGAUAGUCAAUUUGGAUGGUUGGUUACGGGCGAGCUUGGAGCCGUGUGUUUAACAGGUAUUCAUUCAGUAGGGGAAACGCUUGAAGAAAAUUGGAGAGUGUCAAUCGGCAAGGAGGACUCAAACUUUGGACGGCUAUCAAAGGCAAAUGAACGCUCAUUAGAAGAAGAGCAAACUAUGGACCAGUUCAAACAAACAACCAUUCGAGAUGAGGACGGUCGAUUUGUUGUUCAAUUACCCAAAAAAUCAACAGUAAAUGAAUUAGGAGCAACAUUAUCGAUGGCAACUUCGCGUUUUCUUAGUGUAGAAAGAAGACUCCAACUAGAUUAA